AUGCGCGGUUCUAAUGGAUAUCCGCAACGUGGAAUUUAUGAUAACCUCAGCAAUCAGUCAACUAGUGGAGGACAUGGACAAAUGAUUAUUAAUAUGAAAACUACAGUAACCACAAGUGGAGGGCAGCAUAAUGGGUUAGUGGUACACAGUGCAAUCCAGUCAGCGAGUCCAAGUACAAGUCAGAGUUCAUGGAUGUCUCCGUAUUCUGAAUCUCCAUCCCGAAGGCUGGAAGAAGGAUUCGAUUUGACGAGAUCCACUACUUCUCUUCAUAGACAAUCUCCUCUUCCAAUUCAAAUGGUACCAAGUACAUCCCGUGAAACAUUAAUUUCAGUUGGAAGAGAAGGACCAUCGAAACGAGAAAAUGGACAUCAUCUAGCUCCUCUUCCGAAGCCUCCAUCUCCUCCACCAUCACCCAUUUAUUCGUUUAAAGGUCGUGAUUCACCACCAGACGAGUUCAUCCAACCAACGAAGCUUGUGUUAAACGUCUUCCGUCCGAAACAUCAUGAACCUGCCUGGCAAACUCCAAUAUCCCGAUCACAGGUUAACAUUGAACCCUCAUCUGGAGGUAUUCAGUUAUCGAAAAGGAAUGCUCUCCUGAAUGACGCCGUUACCACAACAACAACAGUUGAAGUCUUUCGUGCUCCAUUAGAUGGAGACACCUCAAUGAUCUCUUUGACGCCCGCCCCGUUCGGUGGAGCGCCUUUGCUUGUUAGAGCUCAUGGGGCGCCAUAUGAACAGUGGAAUGAUAGAAAAGUACAGACGAUGAUGACUGAUGAAGAUAGAAGAGAUUUAAGAAAGGAAGUUCAGUGGAAGGAAAGAUUGAUUGAGGAGAGUGAUCGAAGGUAUCGGGAUAAUGGAAGUGAAUUCUACGAUGAAAUACAAGACCCACCCCAGUACAUCCACCACGAUUACCGACCCAAACAAGUGUUCCAGCCGGUCACCCAUCCAAUUAUUAUGACUGGUUCCAGGGAUGAUUUGAGAUCCCAACCACCUCCAUAUCCCGCUCCAUUGAGUCCUCUUUAUAUCGUUCCGGAUCGUCAUAGAAGUGUAGCGAACUCAGUUUCUCCUGGACAAUGGUCCAGAAGAAGUAAUGGUUAUGUGGAGAGAGAUGAGAGACGGAGAGAUGAGAGAAGGGAUGAGCCAAGGGAUGAAUACCAUCGGAGAGAAAAUGAACUAAAUCAGAAUAGGGAAAGAUACCACCACCGUCGUUCAAAGUCUUCAACUCGUGACGAUGCUUCUGUCAGUCAACGUUCACUCCGUCAUCGUAGCAUGUCUCCAGCAUCUCGUCGUUCCUUCGCCACCACACUUGGUGGAUCUCAAGAGUUCGUAAUCCCCGCCCACUCACCGAUCGGCAGCACUCUGAUGCUGGCAAGUUCAGAUCCAAAUGAGUUGCCUGGCCGACCGGCGAGUGCUAAAAGUCAAGAGAUAUUUGCGUUGUAUCAGACUAGAGAUGCUAUGAAUCGCAUUGUGGAUCAGUUGUGA